AUGUCCCUCCUGGAGAUCGACAAAUUCGUGCAGACUUUCGUUCAAAAGUGCGUCCAGGUGAUCGUCCAGUCGCGACUGGGCACCAGCAAGCGAACGCAGACGAGGUGUAACCCCCACGGCCGAGACUGGUUCUACCUAGACAUACCCGAUUUUCAGGACAUCGCCGAGCAGACUGCAAGAUGUCUUAAGCUCAUCAACACAGCCACAGCAGCAGCAUCCUCACCAAAUCAGUCUUCAAACCCAAACAGCAGCAGCAGCACCAACAGCACCAACUCCAACUCAUCAUCAACAAGUCAACAACACAAAUCUACCCAUUCUUUACCAAACUCUCCUCAGUGCUUCGUUCGAAAAAGCUGGAAGAUUUGCUGUGAGAUAUCACUGCGCAACUCUGACGGCAUCAGUCUAGUCCUCGAGUACUGGAUCUUCUCCAACGUGCCAGUGGGUACUUACUCCACCAACUCCUCAUCUGAGCCCUCGAAUCAGCAUCAGCAACAGAAGCAGCAGCAACAGACGCUCUACCAGCUACUGAGUCGCAUGAGUGGCAUGCUCAAGUCGCUCAUCACGCUCAGCCGAUCGACACCCGCCUACAAGGUCAGCUCAAAGGGCCAAAGUGCCGACUCCUACGUCAUCUGCUACCGCGUCUUCCCCUGCGACGAAGCUUUCAUCAUGGACACUGUCAGUGGCGGUGGUGGCGGAACAUCAAGCCCAUCAGUCUUCUCCACGGCAAAGCCGCUCGGCACCAUCAAGAGUUUCUGUAAUGAGCUCUCCAUCUCGCUGAUCUACCGCACCAGCAUGAGCAUGAACUCGGCGGAGGAGGAAACAGUCAACAACAACAUUCUCGCCGCACUGGACGGCGGACGCAAUUGUGAUAGGAGCACGACGGAGCAGCAGCAACAGAAUCUGCUCUUGCUUCCACUGAAGGACGACCACUUCAAGUCGGUGGAGGGGGAGGCGGUUACCGCCGACGCCGACUAUGAACCGCUGGAGGCCUUUUGCGACAAGACCUUUGACGUGACUGAGCUCUUCAAGCCCCUCAAUCCGGCCUUUGCUUCCUUUCAGAAGGACAGCCUGGACGACCUCACCAAUGGAACGCCUUUCAGCGCACUGCUGCCGAGAAAGGACGAUCAGGCUGAUCAAGAGGCGGCGGCGGCAGAGGUACAGUCCAUAACCUCAGGCCACCAACAACUGGGCCGAAGUGACAGCGACUCGAAGGAGAACGAACAGCCGAGGAGGGCCAACGGCGGCGGCAGCAACAACAGCAGAACAUCGGCGCCCAUCAGCAUUCCUCCCUCCAACGGGAGGGGUCUCUUCUCCUCACCGCCAAAGUCAUCUGCCGCCGCCGGCGCCACCCUCUUCUCAAAGUCGCCGCAGACUCAGGGCGUCUACUCCACCUCCAACGACUCCUUCGUCUUUGUGGAGCUGAACGCGCCCUUCGCCUCGGACGACCGCGAGUUUGGCUCCUUCUUCCACGGCCCCUCGCCGACCUUUGUCAGCAACCCCAGCCUGAACGAGGAGAGCGUCCACAGCGGUGGCGGUGUCAGCGGCGGCGCCGACGACGGCGGCAGCAGUGAAAUGAUCAACGAGCUCAGCCAGCAGCUGGCCGAGCUGGAGUCCAAUGCGCCGCAGUUUGACAGCUUCGUCGAGUCGAUCUGCAUCACCGAGAGUCAGGAGCUCAAGUUUGAGGCGUAA